AUGCAGCAGCAGCAGCAGCAGCAGCAGCAGCAGCAGUACGAUCCUCAUAUGCAGCAAAGAAGACUCAUGGCAGAACACCUCUAUGCUAGACAGCUGCAGCAGCAGCAACUGCAUCAGCAGCAGCAGCAGCACCUGCAGCAGCAGUACCUGCAGCGGCAACAACUGCAGCAGCUAUAUCACCUCCAGCAGCACCCCCAGAUGCAGCAGCAGCAUCACCCUCAGCUGCAGCAGCAGCAGCUGCUCAUGCAGCAGCAGCAACUACAGCAGGGACAGCUUCAGCAGGAAUUGUCAUUACGUCAGCUGCAGCAGCAGCAACUUGCGCACCAUCUGCUGCAGCAGCAGAUGGAGCAGCGACUGCAGCAGCAGCAGCAGCAGCAGCACAUGCAGCAGCACCCUUCGUCAGUUCCUCCAAACCUGGCUGCAGCAUUUCAGCAGCAAAGCGUAGAGCAGCAGAAGCAGCAGCAGCAGCAGCAGCAACAGCAGCAGCAGCAGCAGGGGAGGAAGAGGAGACUACAUGUGCGGCGCAUGAGCGGCAGCAGCAACAGCAGCAGCAACAGCAGCAGCAGCAGCAACAGCAGCAGCAGCAGCAGCAACAGCAGCAGCAGCAGCAGCAACGGGAGUCCUUUUGAUUCUUCUGCUUCAUCUGUAUCUCCCUUCGCCCCGUCUGCUGAUGUGCUGCAGGGUGCUGCUGCUGCUGCUGAUACUUCUCCAGCAGCACCAGCAGCGGCAGCAGCAGCAGCAGCAGCAGCAAACACUAGCCCCAGAAGAGAAUGGGUAGGCCUUAGAAGCGAAACAGAAAAAGGAGGUGUAUGUACAGCCAGCAACGAAGCAUACGAUCGCGCUGCUUGCGAGCAGCAGCAGCAGCAGCAGCAGCAGCAGGAAGCUGGGGGGGAGUCUGGAGAGGAGACAGUCUCCUCCGGCUUUUCAGUUGCAUCAACAGCACAUCGAUCAGCAUCACCCACAACAGCAGCAGCAGCAGCAGCAGCAGCAACCGAAGCAAAUCUGCUGCAGCACCAGAAGCAUGCGCUGCUGCCAGCUGCAGCAGCAGCAGAUGCUGCUGCUGCUGCUGCAAGAGGCAGCAGCAACUCAGUCAGUCACUAUUUCAUCGGCCCUGCAAUUGUACAACUUCCAGCAGCAGCAGCAGCAGCAGCAGAAGUAGCAGCAGCAGCAGCAGAGCCCAACGAGUUGCUGCUGCUGUCGGAGUCUCAGGAAGCAGCAGCACAGCGGCAGCUGCUUGCAACUAAAGCUGUCGGUAGUGUUGCUGUUGUUGCUGAUGCUGUCUCUCGAGUUGGGCAGGCAAUGCGUGAGGCCUAG